AUUUAUUUCCGAAGAGACUAGAAAAGCAACAAACGUGACAACGCCAAGUAAGCAGGGACAAGUACCUCUGCAAGUACGAACUGUGAUAUAAAAUUAGAAACAUAUAGGAAAAUACAAGAUGGCUGGGCAUAAGGAUCAGGAUUUCAAUAGAAGUGCUUUGACAGUUCUGCAUGAUAGGGUAUGGUAUACUGGGCAACGUGCUGAAAAAAUUCCUGUUGGUUUGGUUGGAGUUGUGGGCUGUGAUUGUGUCAGUUUGGAUUUAUCCUACAAUGAAUUAAAAUCUGUUUCGGCUGUCAAGAAUUUUACGAGACUGGAGGAAUUGAUUCUGGACAAUAAUGAACUAAAGGAUUUAAAGACACUCCCAUACAUGUCCCAACUAACGACACUGAGCCUCAAUAAUAAUAAGUUUUCAGAUAUCUACAGCGUUUUGCAAAGAAUAAAAGAACGUUGUCCAAAAGUUGUAUACGUUAGUCUUCUCGGGAAUCCAGGAUGUCCUGACCAACUCACAGAUCCAAACUUGAAUGAUGAAGACGAUUACGAACGUUACAGACUAUACGCAAUUUACACAUUGCCCAAAACUCUAAAAUUUUUGGACUCUCGACCUGUAACUUGUCAGGAAAGAAUUGAAGCUGAAAAUCGAGGACGAUAUCUAAAAACAGUAAAAUUACCAGAUCGUUCUUCGUCGCCAGAUAUUUUUGAAACACCAACAGUCGGUGAAUUUGACGAAGGAAUUUUCAACGUUAGUUAUACACCCUUGCCGCGAACAACUCGUGGCCCACAAGAUCACAAAGGAGCUUACGGAAAAUGCAGGUAUCGCUACUCUGGCAAAAACUCCGAAGGCAAUCGCUUUAUUUCCAACAAUGAUCUCUAAAUUAAAAAAAAACUGCUUAAUUUUUAAUAAUUAUAUAUUUUUUAAGAUUUCUCUAUUAACAAAUAGUAAACAAGUAGACUGAUAAUUCAGGGUGUCUACUGUACCUGAAAAACCUGGAGAUGUCUGCGAACUUUUGUGUACCUGGAAAAAUUUGGAAAUGUCAGGAAUUUUUUUUUGAAAGUCAGGGAACAUGUACGAGAGCGUAAUUUUUUAAAAUGGCAAUAUAAAAUUGAAUAACAAUUAUUA